AUGUUAUUACUUGGCCAACAAUGUAAAAGAUGUACAAAUAGUGGUUAUUAUGAUUAUUAUGAUCCGGAUGGUUAUUAUGAUCCAGAUAUUUAUUAUGGAUACUGUGAUCCGUAUGAUUAUUAUGACCCAGAUAGUUAUUAUGAUUAUGAUGGUCCAGGCGAUUAUUAUGAUCCAGAUGGUUAUCAAGACCCCGAUUUUGCAUCUUCAGAAAUGGAAAAUAUCGUUGAAAAUUUGUACCGGCGAAUAUCCGAAAUCUAUUAUGGUAAAGAAAGAAAAGUAAAAAUAAAUAAUGAACGUGAGGAUAAUUCAAAUGGUUCCCAUGAAAAAAGCUUAUGUCGAGCUUGCAAACUUGGUAUAUGUGAUCGCAAAGAUUAA